GAGCGUUUUACCACCCAACAUGGCGGAUUUUGAUACCAUCUAUGAGUUAGACGAGGAAGAUGAACGUGUAGUGAGUGAAGAACACCUUGUUAGAUAUUGCCCAGAACCUGUGAUUAUGCGAGGGGCCGGGCACAUCACCGUGUAAGCAAUUCAAAGCGCAGUCAUCAUGAUUCGUUAUGUUGUCCUGCCUCAUCAGCUCGCUAGCUAGCCUGCCAACAAAAAUGCCUGCUAUGAAAUACAAUUUACUACUAGGCCGUGGCAAUAACAGUCAACUGUGUGGUCUUAUAGUAGGACAAAACUGUUACCUUUGUCUUUAUUGAUGAGGCUAUGGUGAUCUAUUGCGUACCUGCUAUUCCUGCUUUAUAGUUUACUAGCUAGUUCGCAUAACUAUAGUUGUGCGAACUAGCUAGCUAACGCUUUAGCUAGCUACACUGGUUGUCAGCAAACUAGCCUGACAAGGCAUCUGCUGUAACAAAAAUGACAAGCCAACAUGACAACUACUGUAACUAGUGAAUAUUUUGACAGGGCUGGCUUAUUCAAAUGGUGGUGAUGAACCAAUAGUAUUUCCAGCAAGCUUGCUAGCUACCAUCCAUAGAUGUAUCAUUCUGUGUUAAGAUACUCCCUGCUUAAAGCUAGAAUCAAUUUUGAACUUGGCUAUAAAUGUAUGAUAUAGCGUUACCCAUUAAUUAUUGAAGAAUUUAACUUAUAAAUGCCUCAUGAGUUUAGUUCAACUGUUGUACGCCAUCAGAACGCAAAAUAAGCUUUGUUUGUAAACAAUGUAGCUAAAUGUAAACAAACACUGUAUAGCCGCAAACAUGGUUAAAACUGUAAUUUUGAUAUCAUGGAUGGUCAGUCCUUGCAUCCAUAGCUCUGUCUAUGCAUUUGAGAGUGCUUACAUUUCCCCAGGCCCAUCCCUCAGCUUUUUACCAAAAUAGAGGUGGUGUACCUGCUUUGUUAUUGUUUUAACUGCGGAUUCUAGCUUUAACAGCUAUGGACACAACAAAACAUUAUUACUUUGCCAAAUGAUAACGCAAUAAUAGUCAAGUAUACUUCCUCUAGUGUCUACAACGGCAUUAUGCAUAUGAUGUGUCCUUGUCAUCCUAUUGAAUUGUCUCAACAGGGGAAGCUAUUCACAUAAUGAAACAAAUUACAGCUUAUUCAGGAAAUUCAUUUUUUGUUUGUUUUGCUGUCUAGACAUUGUAAAGUGUUAGGUACUAGGUCUACAUUUGUAUAGGUAUUUAUAUUUAUUUGUAGAGAGUUCAAAGCGUUUGUUAUUCCGUCCCCAUUAAAAACCUUGCCAGGUUUCCCUUGUGACAGCCAACAGUCACAGUACAGUACUUUUAUAAAUGUCCAAUGGAAAGUUUGUUUCAUCUCUUUACCAUUUGUAUGUUUCUUUUUGACAGGUUUGGCUUAAGCAACAAAUUUGACACAGAGUUUCCCUCAGUUCUCACGGGAAAGGUACAGUAGCCCAAUUCAUUAGUAUCGUCUCAUGCACUUCUCCAAAGCAAUGUUUUGUGCUUGCCAAAUGAUUUGGAUUGGGAUGCGAAUUAAGCAAUUUAAGCUAUUAUGGUGGCUCCAUUGUUCUAUUUGCCCUUUGACAAAUCAGACCAUCCCUGAAUUACCUCUGUCAAGUUUCUUAAGUGCUUUUGAUCUGAUGGAGCAACACACCACGGUGCAUCCAAAGCUGAAGUGAAGGUCUGUCAAUGAGUAAGCCGUCUUUGGAGCCCAGUUGGUCAGGGGUCCAGUGUUUCGGAGGACACAGCUCCAGGUGAUAAAAUAAUGAAAUAAAGACUGUGCCAUGCACAAGAAAGGGCAGCUUCCUGGGUCAGACACUGCAACACAAAAAGGCUGAAGGGAUAAGAGCAGGCCGAGGGAAGUGCAGGGCAAUAAAAAGUCUCUCCAGUAUUGUGGCCCAUGGUGACAUGAUGGAAGAGGUCACAAUUAUGAUGAUUGAAGGGUGCAGAUCAGCAGGCCCUUAUUCCUAUUCUGUUUGCAAAGAGACCUUUGCAUCCUGUCAUAAAAGAUUACGACCCCAGUUUUAUGGUGUACAGACCCAGAGAGGAAUUAGCAUCCAUUCAUGUUGUUUGUAUGGCCGCUGCCACAGGCACUGAGCUUAUCUCUCCCUUUAGUCCCUCUCUGCCGUGAAUAGACAAGAGAUUGGUUAGCAAGUUGCAGUCGUACUAGUGAGAGAUCCGAUCUCUGGAUAGCAUCUCCAAAUAUCUAGGCCACCUGUUUGUUUUCUAAGGCUGUUUGAUCCUGUAGACUACAGUACAGGUUUUUCCUUUUAAAAAAAUUUGUGGAAUUUUGCAGGAAAUGGUUGCCUUUCUCCUACUUUCCCUUUCAGAAGUCUGUUUUUGGUUCAUAUUGCUGAGCAAUUAGUGCUUUUUGAGGUCGUUUCGAUUCAAACAAAAUAAUCACGGUUUACGAUUUUGGUUUUAAACAUGAAAUGCACUAUGCAUUAUGUGGGUUGAAUGCUGCAACAACACAGAAUAAAACAAUUAUAAAGUCCCAUGAUGGUAGUGACUGCCCAUUACUGCUUAUCACUUAUUAACCAGCAUUUAUUCACAUUACUUUACUUUAAUAAAAUAUUUUAUUUAUUUGAUUACUUUAUUAUUUCAUUCCAAGUCAUCAUCUCAUCUCUAAAGAGCUGCUGCCUAUGCUGUCUGACAAUAUCAACAUUUUUGUAGUUCUUCAAAGUAUACUGAACAAAAAAGUGUUAGUCCCAUGAGCUGAAAUAAAAGAUCCCAGAAAUGUUUCAAACGCACAAAAAGCUUAUUUCUCAAAAAUGUUGUGCACAAAUUUGUUUACAUCCCUGUUAGUGAGCAUUUCUCCUUUGCCAAGAUAAUCCAUCCACCUGACAGGUGUGGCAUAUCAAGAAGCUGAUUAAACAGCAUGAUCAUUACACAGGUGCACUGAUCAUUACACAGGUGCACCUUGUGCUGGAGACAAUAAAAGGCCACUCUAAAAUGUGCAGGUAUGUCACACAACACAAUGCCACAAGUUUUGAGGGAGCGUGCAAUUGGCAUGCUGACUGCAGGAAUGUCCACCAGAGCUGUUGCCAGAGAAUUUAAUGUUAAUUUCUCUACCAUUUCUCUACUAACGUCGUUUUAGAGAAUUUGGCAGUCUGUCCAACCGGCCUCACAACCGCAGACCACGUGUAACCACGCCAGCCCAGGACCUCCACAUCCGGCUUCUUCACCUGUGGGAUUGUCUGAAACCAGCCACCCGGACAGCUGAUGAAACUUUGGGUUUGCAUAACCGAAUAAUUUCUGCACAAACUGUCAGAAACCGUCUCAAUUAAGCUCAUCUGCGUGCUCGUCGUCCUCACCGGGGUCGUGACCUGACUGCAGUUGCUCACCUUCGAUGGCCACUAGCACGCUGGAGAAGUGUGCUCUUCACCGAUGAAUCCCGGUUUCAACUGUACCGGGCAGAUGGCAUGUUGGUGAGCGGUUUGCUGAUGUCAACGUUGUGAACAGAGUGCCCCAUGAUGGCGGAGGGGUUAUGGUAUGGGCAGGCAUAAGCUAUGGACAACAACCACUAUUGCAUUUUAUCGAUGGCAAUUGGAAUGCACAGAGAGACUGUGAUGAGAUCCUGAGGCCCAUUGUCGUGCCAUUCUGUUUCAGCAUGAUUCGGAAAGUAUUCAGAUCCCUUGACUUUUUCCACAUUUUGUGACAUAGCCUUAUUCUAAAAUGGAUUCAAUUGUUUUUUCCCCUCAUCAAUCUACACACAAUACCCCAUAAUGACAAAGCAAAAACAGGUUUUUAGACAUUUCUGCAAAUUUAUAAAAAAUAUCAAAACUUAAAUAUCACAUUUACAGAAGUAUUCAGACACUUUACUCAGUACUUUGUUGAAGCCCCUUUGGCACCUUUGGGUAUGACGUUACAAGCUUGGCACACCUGUAUUUGAGGAGUUUCUUCCAUUCCUCUCUGCAGAUCCUCUCAAGCUAUGUCAGGUUGGAUGGGGAGCGUCGCUGCACAGCUAUUCUCAGGUCUCUCCAGAGAUGUUCGUUUGGGUUCAAGUCUGGGCUCUGGCUGGGCCACUCAAGGACAUUCAGAGACUUGUCCCGAAGCCACUCCUGCGUUGUCUUGGCUGUGUGCUUUGAGUUGUUGUCCUGUUAGAAGGUAAACCUUCGCCCCCAGUUUGAGGUCCUGAGCGCUCUGGAGAAGGUUUUCAUCAAGGAUCUCUCUAUACUUUUCUGCGCUAAACUAUGAAGAAUAUUGGCCUGUUGGAAACUCCCUACUACAUCGCACAGUUCGGGCUUGAUCUGAUUUAGCUCUAGAGAAACUGCGCAUCGAGCUCACAGAAAAACCCUGAAUGAAAUAGAAUUCCAAUAAUUUAACCGAUAUCAGUCAAUUAGUCAUUUAAUAACUGACAUUUUGGUUAAUUGCUCAGCACUAUUGCUUCAGAUGAAAAACUAUUUUAAGCUCAAAUGAUUGAAAACAAUUAUGAGCUGAUUUGUCUCGGAGAGAAUGACCAAUUACAAAAUUUCAACCACAUUUCCUCUGUCUGACUCUUCCUAUCCAUGUCUUCCUCCCUUCUCCCCCUUCUCCAGGUGGCUCCAGAGGAGUUUAAAACCAGCAUCAGCAGAGUGAACGCUUGUUUGAAGAAGAACUUGCCUGUCAAUGUGAAGUGGCUUCUUUGCGGCUGCCUGUGCUGUUGCUGUACGGUGGGCUUCAGUCUGUGGCCCGUUAUAUGCCUCAACAAGAGAGUAAGUCUCAAUCAGCUCUCGUGUGAUGUGUGCUGCACAGUCCCACUACCUAAGUCCGCAGGCCCACUCAUUACUCAUGGGCUAGUUUACAAAUCCAGCCGUAUUGGUCUUAAGGGGGCAAUAGGGCAAUAAUAACCUGUGUGUAAAAAUUGUACAUUGCACCACUGAAGGCCAGUCCAGCUGAAGGGUACGUCACUGAAAGGUGGUGCCUCGACCCAGUGUUAUUCUAAAGUGGAAAUUACAAGCUGGUAAAAGUACGAGUUCAGUCCAUAAACAUGUAUCUUUGUCUCAUAAUACUGUGGUUGCUGUUAUUAUCAUUUGUAAAAGAGUGUGAAGUCAAGGUAAUUACUAGAAAAUAUUUCAAUCUUGCAUGUGCAUAUGUGCUCCUUUACCAACAGGCAAACAGAUCUAUUCAGAAGUUGUUGGAAUGGGAAAACAACCGACUAUAUCACAAGGUAAGAACAAAUUGCAUAUUAGCACUUGUCUGAAAGACCAUAACAGUUAUGUCAUUUGUGAAGGGUUAAAGAUGCAAUCGUUAAUGGUGAAACAGCGAUGUCCAUUUGCGAUAUUACAACAAAGACGUUACUGCAAACAACGAACACUGUUUUUUCCUUCUCUGACAUCACACGCGCGAUAGAAGAGCACAAUAUGUACUGCAAUAUUUUUGGCCAUGCUGGAGGACGCUCCCUCAGCUCGGAAACAAAAACAAUAACAGCGGGGUGGGGCGGUCAGUGGCACUGUUUCCCCCUACUGCGCAUUCCGUCUUUAAGCGAUGUUAAAGUAGCAGGGUUAAAGUCCGGAGACUGAGAUGGCCAUUGCAAAAUGUUGAUUUUUGUGGUCAAUUAACCAUUUCUUUGUGAAUUCUGAUUAGUGCUUGGGGUUACUGUUUUGCUGGAAGAUCGACUUGUGGCCAAGUUUCAGCCUCCUGGCAGAGGCAACCAGGUUUCUGGCUAAAAUGUCCUGGCACUGGGUAAAGUUCAUGAUGCCGUUGACCUUAACAAGGGCCCCAGGACCAGUGGAAGCAAAACAACCCCAUAACAUCAACGAUCCACAACCAUUUCUUACAGUCGGUAUGAGGUCAUUUUCUUCAUAUGCUUCUGUUUUUCAACACCAAACCCACCACUGGUGUGCAUGGCCAAAGAGCUCUUUUUUUUUUUGUCAUCUGACCAUAGCACCGGUUCUAAUCCAAGUGCCAAUGCCGUUUAUCAAACCCCCAGGUGCUAUGGUCAGAUGACAUGAAAAUACAGUGGUGGGUUUGGCGUUGAAAAACGGAAGCAUAUGCAAAAAAGAACCUCAUACAUACUGUAAAAUGUGGUGGUGGUGCAUCAAAAUGAUUGGAAAUGGUUAAUUGACCACAAAAUCAACAUUUUGCAAUGGCCAUCAGUCUCCGGACUUGAACCCUGCUACUUUAACAUAGCUUAAAGAUGGAAUGCGCAGUAGGUGGAAACAGUGCCACUGACUGCCCCACCCCGCUGUUAUUGUUUUUGUUUCCGAGCUGAGGGUUGAAUUGAAGAGGGCAGUCCAUAAGCGCAGACGAAGGAUAUGAAGGAUCUGGAAAGAUUCUGUAUGGAGGAAUGGUCUAAGAUCCGUCCCAAUGUGUUCUCCAAUCUCAUAUAACAUUUUAGAAAAAGGCACAGUGCCGUUAUCCUCGCAAGGGAAGGGUGCAGGAGAAUUGAAAACCGCGGCCUAUAUUCUGACCCCUAUCUUUUUUUAGAUGUUUUUGUAUUACGUGUUAAACAAAUCUAUUUCAUUGAGCAAUCGUAUAAGUAUAAAAUAAUAUAAUCUUCCAAUUUUUGGACCAUACAAUAUCACUCAGUAUUUGUAUUAUGUUUUAUAAACCUUUAUCAAGGUUGCCAAUAAUUAUGGACCACACUGUAGUUUUAAAGCCUUUCCUAAAUUCCCCUCACACUAGGGGAUAUCUCAGACAGAUUUGUUAACCAGACGGGAUGUGGGUGUCUGUGCGGUGUUAAGUCUGUCCUUACUUUCACCUCUUCUAUUUAGCUGGGCCUGCACUGGAAACUCAGCAAAAGGAAAUGUGAAAGCAGCAAUAUGAUGGAAUAUGUAAGUAUGAUGCAUUCAUGCUCCCCUAAAGCAGAAUAUGAUUCUUGCCAACAUAUUAUGGAGUAUUACAAAUCGCAAAUCGCAACAGACGCAAAAUAUAUGGUCAUUUAUGCAAUGUACAAUAGAGCAGUGCCUACUGGAAAAAGAGCGUCUGCUAAAUGACUUAAAUGGAAAUGGAAAGAUUCAUUUCUGAAAGAAAAGUGUAAAAUGAAAUGAAUUAACUUUUCCCUCCACAGGUAAUUCUUAUAGAAUUCUUACCCAAAUAUCCUAUAUUCCGACCGGACUGAGCUGAGGAGGCUGUUGGGAGACCUGCAGUGUGGGCCCUUGACUCCAAUCCGUAGUGCCUUGUAUAUAUGUUGGAAUGAGGGUCUGCACCGGUGUCUAGAGAUGUCCCUUACAACUCCCAGUACCCUGUACAAUAGAAAUUGCAACACUGUCACUUUGCUUUAGAGCAGAUUUUGCACAGUUCCUUUCGAAGUAUAAAAAUGCCCCCUUUUGUUGUGUAAUACAACUAGUGAUUGCACAAAAAUAUAUUGUUGAAAAGUGCAUUUAUCCCAAAGAGCCAACAUCAAUCGAGCCUAUGUAUCAUAUCAGUAUUGCUUUGGAAAGAAUUGGACACCACCUAGAGCAUCAUUGCCUUAUGUAAAACAAUAAACCAUUUUAUAUAUAAGACCGGAGGAGACGAGCAUUUUGUAGCCCACCAAGUUCAAAUUCUGGUUAUUGGGGUUACUUUCCUCAAAUCAAUUCUUCUUUUUAACAAAAAGUAGAUGGGAUGCUUGAUUUGCCUAACGUACUAUUUAACAGCAUCAUGUGUUUCUUUACUUUGGAAAUGACCCUCUGUACAGGAGAAGUUACAAAACCAACCUGUAAAUAUGUUAGGAGAAACUGUACAGUGGUAUGCUGUUGUUUACGUUGUUAUUUAGAUCUUUGAUUUGUUUUUGCCAAGAUAAUGCUGUACCAUAGUUUUGUUUAUGAAAGAUGUCUCUUACCAGUUUAUAUGGACCUGUUUACCUAGUAAGCCAUAUCAUUUACAAUGUAUGUGAUGCCAGAGUUAGGACAGAAAAUUGCACUUAAACUUGUCAGGAUUUCAGAGGAUGGUCAAACUGAGGUUAGGAGUAAUUUUACAAUGACACUAGUGAUGCAUGUUAUUUGUGUGGUUUUGCCAACUAAGGAGAAAAAGGUAAAAGUGUCAUCCAGUUUAGCGUGAGAUGGCUACUUAUCUUUAUGAUGUACUGUUGGAAACAAAGACUCCAACUUGGUACUACCAUGUCAAAUUUUUUGUCAAUCUUUUUAUUGCAGCUUUGUUCAUUUUAUCGUUUUGUAUUUUCCUAUAAUGUGUUUUGUCCUUGUUGUUAAAAAACACAUACAGCCUAGAGAACAUUACAUAUUGAAAUAAAUGUUUCCUUAGUUAUUCAUUUUGUUCAGAGUUAGGGCUCUAUUCAAUCCGCAUCGCUGAAGUUCAGCUUUACAGCGUGAUUGAAAUUUAAAGGCAAUGUUCCCACUUUAGUGGAGACAGCAUUCACAGUAAACACUGCAUAUGCCAGCUCAAUCUGAAAUGACCUUUGAAUUUCUAUCGCGGAAUAUGUAACCCUUCAGCUUUACAGAUUGAAGAGAGGCCUUAGUGUUGUGUCCUUCACUUGUAGCUGAGAGUUUUGCUGCGUUAUAGUGCCACUGGAAUGUUCUAUGAACCACAGUCAGAGAACUGGUGUACUGGUUGACAUAUGCUCACUUGUAUUGUGGAGUAUUGGCCCUGUUACAGAGUACUUGUAAAUGUUUGUCAUGACAACUCAAUCCCUAUGGAAAGCUAAAAUAAAUUGUUGAUUUUGAAUUUUCUCCCAGAGUCUUGAUGUUUGUCCAACUGAAAACCACAUGCUAACUGUUGACAUGCUUACCUUACUGCCAUAUGGUAAAUAAUUCAGUAUCAUUUGUUAUACAGAUCAUCUUAUUUCAUCUGUGGUAAUGUACUUUACCCACAGCCUGCUACUGAAACCUGGCUGUUUGUCAUGUUUAACAAGGUGCUGAAUCGUUAACUUAAGAUGGCCUGUAAUUACUUGACACAUUUGGAAUACUAUUACCAUAAAUAGCUAGCACAUUUAGGGCAUGGAACUGUGGCCCCGAGUUUGUGGCCAAAAUCUAAUAGGUUACUAUAUCACAACCCCCAUACAUACACUGGAGUGGUGGGCUUCGUUGUAAUGAGUAGAGGUUUGUUUUAUAGACCCCCUUUGUUCUUGGCUUUAUUGUUCACAUUGUCCUGUUGGAAGUUGGGAUGAGGGAAUAAGGUCUAGAGCACUCAACUCUGGACCUCAAAGCCAGUCCCACUUCAUCUUUUCAUUGUUGCUCUCUAAUCAGGGACUGAUUUAGACCUGGGACACCAGGUGAGUGCAAUUCAUUAUCAGGUAGAACAGAAAACAAGCAGGCGCCGGACCUCAUAGGGUAAGAGUUUAAUACCCCUGGUCUACAGGAUCAAGGGAAGUUGGCUUACUUUACUCUACCCCUACUGUAUUAAGCACCCCUCCAAUCUAACGGAGUACCACUUUGGGUUAUGUAACUUGUAGCAUCCUUUGCAAAAGCAUAAUAUUGAUGUCAAAGAUCAUACACAAUCAAUUGAGGGGAGUUUGACCAUGAAGAGGUGGAGAUGGGUGAAUGGGUCUCUCCUUCCCUGUCCUCCAGAGGGCAGACUGA